AUGUGUUGUGAGGUGAGUUUGUGAAUUUUUUUGAAUAUUUCACAUUUUUUCUAAAACUUCGGAAAAUUUGCCUGAAUUUUUCUGCCGAAAAAUAAUAUCAGUAUUUUAUUGUAUUUUUUCCAGGAAAAUCAACACACCGUUUGCCGCGACGACUCUACGCCUUCAACACUGCCGACUCCACAACUUGGACCUCAACGACCUCAGCACAACGACUCUGCCGCAACCAACCCCCAGCACGCCGACUCCACCUCAGCGACCGGACAUCAAGAUCAGGUCGUUUAUUUUCAUUUUAUUUUCAUUCUAGGUUACCUUUCCUCUAGGUUUUCUCUGGUUUUUUUAAAAUUUUCAUUUGAAUUUAGUAGUAGAGGUUCUCUAG